GCUGCUCUGGGGGUUUCGGUGUUGCCAUGCUCGUGUUGGUCGGUCAUACAAAAUAUCGGUGUGCAUGAGCGCGGAGGCGAAGCCUGCUCUGUGUGCUGAACAUUUCACGCGAUUCUUGUAUUUUUGCUCAAUUGAAAAAUAAGUAAUUCUGCUAAAAUCCGGGUUCUUUGUAAUUCCCUCUGUCGCGUGCCAUCGUUUCCUUUUCUAUACUUUCGUUGAUAAACAGUGCAACACGAGCGCGACAAGUUGCAUUUCCGUUUCGCGCGGUGUUCAGUGUAGACAGUGUGAGGAAAACGGGGAGAACCGUUCGUAGUAAUUACACAUUUACGUGGUUAAUUGCCCAAGGAUACGCAGUUUCUUCAAUAUACGGAGGCCUGUGUGUGGAGAGUGAGACUAUUUGCGAGGUGCCGGUUUAUUGGUUUCUUCGUGGAACAAAAGUUUCAUGUGUCAGAAAUAACUGGAGUACACUGCUAGAUGAAAUUUGAAAUGUUGCUAUUUUCUUGACAACCGGAAAAAACGAAUAGAGGAUUAGUGCAAACAUAUUGAAAAUGGCAAUUAAGUUAGUCGUGUUGCGAAAAUAACGAAAAGUCAAUAGUGCGACAAGUGAUUUAGUGAGUGGAAAACAAAUACGAUUCAUCCAAGUGUGCAUGGUCGUAGAAAAAAGAGAAAGGUUAGGAAAAAUGUCUGUUCCAGUGGCAACGGUGAAGCAGGAACGCCACGAUGAUGCAGAAAUUAACGAGUUGGCCGCAAAAAUGAUGGAAGCGCAUAAACAACAAACAGCAAAAGCAGCUCUCCAGCAACAGCAGCAAGUCGCUAGGCCUAUCGGUGCCCAAAUACCGGGUGUCGCUAGUAAUGGUCCGGCUGGUCAGACGAAUAUUUUGAACUAUUUAACGCGGAAGCCAGGGCAACUUGUGCCCCAGUCUAUAGGGGCAACUACGAUUGCCCCUGUCGGAACUGGAAACGCGCAAAUUAAUGGAAACGCAGCAAAGACUGAGGAUGCGAACGGUGGAGAAAAGAAAGCGUGUGAUGAAGAAAGUCAAAAGGGCCAUUUCGGCUGGGAAACGUUUCCCGGUAAAAUCCACAUUCCGUACAUAUUCCGUCAAUCGGAACGGUACUGCGCUGUGCGUAUGGUUGAGAUGAAGCUAUUGAACAAGUAUCUUAACUAUUUGCAUCAGGACAUCUACAGUUGUACUUGCGUUCGUUCCUACUAUAUAACGGAGGCGGAAAGUAAGCUGUUCAACGAAAUUAACACCAAACAUUGUGACUUCCAGUUUGGAAGGGAAAUGUUUACGCUUAAAGACCUGGUGGUACGAUUAUCCGAUGCGUAUAAGUUCUACCAGUUUCUGGACGUUUGUUACAAAAAGCUUCUAAUGGGCUGUAGUACACCUAAUGAUAAAUGUGGAUUUAUUCGCAUUAACAAAGAGUCUGUAGUUCCUUACACCGUCAGAGACAACCAAAAGAUGGUGCCACUGUUUUACUUCGAGGGAGAGACUGAUAAUCUUAAGUUAAAGGCAGAUUACCUAUCGGGUUGGGAUCUAUCCUAUCUCAAAUUUUGCUGCAAAGUUCAGGGUAUUCGGAAUGAACUGUUUGCGAGCGAUUCGGUGGCCGUCAUUAGUUUGACCGACAUUAAAGGUUAUUUUCCACCGGGAACCGAGUUCGAAGAUUAUUGGCCCAGCAAAGUCGUGGAUUCUCAGCUUCUUUCUGGACCAAAGUCGAAUAAUACCGUACAUUGGACACGACAGCCGGCUCAACCCCCGCCCAAACAGCCGAACAAUUUGCUAAAUACCAUGGCUAAACAGCAACCGCAAGUUCGAAAGACCGCCAAUAAUAUGUAUCAGGCCCUGCAGCAGCAGCAGCAGAACCUGCAGAAAAACAACACUCAAAUGCCAAAUAUCACUGCAGCGGUUCAGGCCCUAACGAAUAACUGGAAUCUUUCGAACCACGCAAACAUGCUGUCGGCAGCCCAGCAGGAACAGCUACUAAGGCUUUCACAGGCUCAGCAGGCUGCCCAAGCACAGGCGCAAAUUCGCAGCAUGCAAAAUAUGCAUCCCAUGCAGUACAACUCCUACAUGAAUCCGACCAUGUCGAUGGCGUCACGAUCCUCUCAAAACCAGGCGGUUCCGCCGCCACUGGUGCGGUCUUCGGCCCAAUCGCAAGCGGCACACAUGUCAAACAUGGCAGGAGCGGCGGCCGUAGCGGCUCUUUCUCAACAGCAGCAGCAACAACAGCAACAGAAACGAUCGAACGCCGUCGCCGCCAUGACCAAUGGCCGCUCGAAUACAACCAUCACGUCCACCAAUAACUAUCGCUCAACGACAGCUGCCGCGGCGGCUGCCCUGCAACAGCAACUACAGCAGCAACAACAGGCUGCCGUUGUGGCUGCCCAGCAGCAAGCUGCCGCCAUGGGUGAUGGUGGAACCCGGCAUGGCAAUUUGAUUAUGCUACCGGAAAUGACCAUGGGCGGCACACCGUACAAACCGUACGAGGUUGUCAAAAAACCAAUUGAGAACAAAACGAUCUAUUGCAUCAAUAAGACUCCCUACCGGAACACCGACUACUUGAUGACCAUCCAGGACCUGAAGGAUGUGUUUUUUCCUUACAUCAGCCUAGAUGUGUGCAGAAGGGUACUGAAUGCGCUCGAUAUUAAUCUGUUUAUCGGCAAUAGUUUACAGUACCAAGCCCUGCUGGAAGCUGGCCGUUCCAACGUGGACAAAAUGGCGCUGGUGCAGGUCGUGGACGUGAUGCAGUUUAUGCCCCAGCUACAGUACAUGGUGCGGGGUCAAAUAGGCCAAGAGACGCCGGCGAACAAGCGGGCCCGCAUAAGCUAGGAAUUGGGGUGGGGGGUACAGCAACAGUGCCCUCAGAGCACAGUAGUAUCCGAUUCGAUAUCAAGUAGUAGCAGUAUAACCAGCAACAGUAUUCAACUUUCCACCGGUGGUGGAAGUAGCAGCAGCAACACUAUGAGCACUUCUUGGAACCUGACACCUACAUCACCAUCGGCUAGCGUUAAGAAACUUGGUAAUUCUUCUGGAACCCCAGUUUCAUCCGCGGCCAUCGUCAGCAGCAGCAGUGGUGGUAGUAGCAGCUUUCCCUCGCCAAACAAUCCGUUGAACUUCGACAAGAAAGCUCUCUCGUCCUGUCGUUAUCAGCAGGAAAAGGCUGACUAUUAUCAAGACGCUUCCAGUCGAAUGCUAGCGCAAGCGUCCUCGUCGGCAUAUACGUUCCAGGAAUCGGCAUUUGCAGCAGCCGCUGCGGCUGCCGCUGCUCAGCAACAGCAGCAACAAGCUCAACAGGCCCAGCAAGCCGCUGUCGCUGCUGCAGCCGCUCAACAAGCUGCAGCUGCUGCGGCGGCUGCUCAGCAACUUUCAGCAGCCAGCAAUGCCGCUAUCUUCUCGCCACACUUUGCUGCCGGUUCCUAUGCCACCGGCUCCAUGCCAGUCGGAUCGUAUGACAGCUCUGCUGCUACAGCUGCUCGUUCAUGUGCUCUGCCGUCACCCACAAUCUAUCCGCCAACCCCCCCACCCUCAGCCCCAUGGAUUCAUCCUUGGUAUAGCGGUGAUACAUUUUAGUCUGCAGAGUUUUCCCCGAAUUCAGAAACAAUGAGAUACUUAUCUCAAUCGUAACACAAUAUUUCCUUAGGAGUGAAAAGAGUAUUUUAUUUCAUUUUCAUAAUUCAAUACUUCUGAAAUAAAUUUGAAUUUCCGAAUAACAAUAGAGCAUCUCCGGAAUUAAAUGUCAAAACAGAAAAAAAACUAAAAUCAAAAUCUUCGUAGAAUUCAGCACAAAAGUCGUAGAAUAGGAAGACUAAAAUGAUUCAACUACGUAUUUGCGUAACCAAAAUAAUUAGUACCCAUUCGGAUAAGUUUACAUAUUCCAAAAGAAAAAGCGUAAGAACGCUAUUAAAACUUUAUUCCACAAUUGUUCCGAAUGUCUCAACCCGUCGAUCGUAGAGGAAUGUUCAAAGGAUUCCCAUCCGCUUUAACGUUAUCACUUGUAAAUGUAUCCGUAGAGAAUGAAAAACUAACAACUCAAUGCAUCAUUAUAAUUGAGAUAUCGAAAACUAAAGUUACUACUAAUUGUAUUUUAAACUUAUAACUCAAAGCAUUAGCGUAACAGAGAAAAAAAACUCAUCCGCUAGCCUGGUUAACCAGCGCGCGGAAUAAGGACAGCGAUUCCUUGGAAAAUAAAUUUCGCAGCAAGCAGGAGAAUAUAAGCGCAAAGUAAGCAGCACAGAACUGAGUAAUAGACCUGAGUAGAUUCUCCCCUUUGAUCGGAAAAAAGGAAGGUAGAAGCUUAUUUGAAAAAAAAAAAAAAAUAAAAUAAAAUAACAGAGCAAUCGAUUGGCAGUUUAGAAGCAAUUCUUUUAAACUUUAUCCUUUCCAGUCCCAUGUUUUUAGGAAGUAAACAAAUUUAAAAUCGGGACAGAAAAUCGUUUAGUCAGACAGCCGUUCAUUAGGCAGUCAAUCGGAAAAAAACUGUAUAUCAAUAUCCUAUUCGGUGGAUGCUUUUUGUAAGUAGAACAAAAAAAUUUAGUUAUAAUUAGUGAACUUUGAACUUUAUAUUAGCAAUUAGUGGCAAAUGAAAGAAAACUUCAUCGUACGAUCGAGAAAACAGUCCCAGCUCUAGUUUGUAACGCAAGCAGAACAAUCGGGAGAAGUUAAUUUAUGAUCUGUUGUAUAAUAACGUUUUCACUUUUCUCGCGAUGUUUAAUUCCCUACCGAACACAGUAAAGGUAUAAAUUAUGUGUUUUUUAUUUAUUUCUACAGUAUAGUUAACACAUCAGGCACUUCUUAUUAGUUGUAUGCUGUAAUACGUAUACCCGUUGACGGAAGGCUACUUGUUUAUAUUAAAUAUGUCCUACUAUCGAACAAGCAAAGAAAUAAAGAAAAAUACGCUAAUCAGUGUAACGUCCUUCUUCUGAUAGAAGAAAUUCGUCAAUCAAAACAUCUGA